AUGCGAUUUCCCCCCAGCCUGGGGAAGAUCUUCGACAGCACUCUGAAAGACAAGGCAGCGGUGCAGUCAGCCAACGCAGAGUUGAAGACCUGGCUAUCAGUAGUGGACAAGUCGGGCCUCCCGGGGAAGUUCAAGGCAUGGAUAUACCAGCAUGGUAUCCUGCCGAGACUCCUGUGGCCACUACUGAUCUAUGAAGUCCCAGUAUCCAUUGUGGAGGGCUUCGAACGCAACAUCAGCCAGUACCUGCGCAGGUGGCUAGGCUUGCCAAAGAGUCUAAGCAGCAUCGCCCUGUAUGGGAAUACCAACAAGCUGCAACUCCCCUUUACUGGCCUGACCGAGGAGUUCAAAGUCACCAGAGCCAGAGAGGUGCUGCUGUACAGGGACUCAGCCGACACCAGAGUCUCCUCCGCAGGCAUCACGGUCAGAACGGGGAGGAAGUGGCGGGCGCAAGAGGCAGUUGACCAGGCUGAAGCAAGACUAAGGCAUGGCGUCUUAGUAGGGUCAGUGGCAGUUGGACGAGCUGGUCUUGGUAGCCACACAAGACCACGCUACGACAAGGCCCAGGGACGAGAGAGACGUCAGAUGGUGCAGGGAGAGAUCCGUGCAGAGGUGGAAGAGGAACGCCGAACCAGGACAGUGGCCAUGCGCCAGCAAGGAGCAUGGACCAAUUGGGACCAGGCAUCGGCACGGAAGAUCACCUGGUCAGAACUUUGGAAGUCGGAACCAGACAGACUCAAGUUCCUGAUUCAGGCAGUGUACGAUGUGCUCCCAAGUCCAUCAAACCUUCAUUGCUGGGGGCUAGCAGAAACCCCAGCAUGCCCACUGUGCUCGACAUGGGGUUCCCUGGAGCACAUCCUGAGCUGCUGCCCGAAAGCCCUGGGAGAGGGGAGAUACACGUGGCGCCAUGACCAGGUGCUGAAGGCAGUAGCAGACACCAUCUGCACCGGGAUUCAGCAGAGCAAGCACCAGCCCCCGGUUAGGCAAAACAUCACUUUCGUCAGGGCUGGGGAGAAACACCCGGCAGGACAUAAAGUCCCGACCGGACUGCUAGCCACAGCCCGUGACUGGAAGUUGCGAGUGGACCUCGGGAGGCAACUUAAGUUUCCAGAGCACAUAGCCAGGACGUCACUGAGGCCAGACCUGGUCUUAACAUCGGACGCCACAAAACAAGCGGUGCUGCUGGAACUUACAGUCCCCUGGGAAGACCGGAUGGAGGAGGCCCACGAGCGGAAGAAGGCCAAAUACCUGGAGCUGGUGGAGUUGUGCAGAGAGAGUGGCUGGAGGGCCCGCUGUGAGCCAGUAGAAGUGGGCUGCAGAGGCUUUCUAGGGCAGUCGUUGCAUCGAACACUCAAGCUCCUUGGCAUCAGAGGGCUGCAAGAAAGAAGGGCCACCAAAAACAUCAGCGAGGCGGCCGAAAAAGCCUCGAGGUGGCUGUGGAUCAAGAGGGGAGACACAUGGAGUAGCACGCUGCUUGGACACAAAUCGGGGCCUGAUCACCCCCGGUUGGGUCGCCUAGGUGAGGGUGUCUGA